AUGGCUGGAACUCAACGUCCAGAAUUUGAAGAAGAAACAAUACCCUUUGAGGAUAUAGCAUCUGUAUUUGACAAGUUUCAAAAUGACUCUGAAAACUUAGACAAUGUGGAGCUGAACAUUGCUGUCACAGGAGAGACAGGCUCUGGUAAAUCCACCUUUGUCAAUGCAUUUAGAGGCUUAAAGAAUAAGGAUGUAGGUGCAGCCCCCACAGGAGUUACUGAGACCACCAUGAAGCCAACACCUUAUCCACAUCCCAAAUACCAGAAAGUGACAUUAUGGGAUCUUCCUGGGAUUGGGUCACAAAACUGCACAGCUGAUACAUACCUUCAACGAGUUCACUUUGAGCGCUAUGAUUUCUUUAUCAUUGUCACCUCAGAGCGCUUUAAGGAGUGUCAUGUUAAGCUGGCCAAAGAGAUAAACAAAGUGAAUAAAAAAUUUUACUUCAUUCGUACAAAAAUUGAUCAAGACAUUAGGAAUGCGACUGAAGAUGGUAUCUUUGAUAGCAACAAGACAUUGGAAGAUAUCCGCAGUAACUGCAGGCAAGAGCUAAAGAAAGCUGGUCUGGACUCUGCUCAGGUCUUCUUGAUCUCAUCCUGUGCACUGGACUCUUAUGAUUUCAGUCUUCUCCACCAGAUCAUUGAGAUGGACCUUCUUCAGCUUAAAAAAGACAGGCUUUGGCUGGUCCUGAGUAAUAUAUCCCUGGAGAUUCAUGAGAAAAAGAAAGAGGCAUUACAGGCCAGCAUAUGGAAAAUGUCUCUACUCUCAGCUGGAGCGACUGUUGUGCCCAUUGCAGGCAUCUCUGUUUAUGCAGAUAUGACAAUCAUAAUAAAAGAGCUCAGAAAAUAUUACAAGGCACUCGGUCUUGAUGAACAAUCUCUGGAGACGCUUGCAAAAAAAUCGGGGACAUCCUUGGAAGGGCUUAAGUCAAACGUGAAAUCAGCUCUUUUAGACAAGAUUGACUCAGGUGAACUCAUCAAACUGCUGUCUCGUGUGGCUGCUUUUGUGAUUGAAUCGGUUGCUAAGCAUUAUCUCAGUUUGAUCCCAGGUUUGGGAUCUUUGGCAGCUGGUGCGUUAUCCUUUGCUACAAUUUACUGCUUGCUCCGCCACUGUCUGAACGACCUGACUGAGGACGCAAAAAAUGUGCUCCUGACUGCUCUUGAGCAACCAUUUGAAAAGACCAAAUAA